GUUAGGUGUGGUUUGAUGCCUACAUGGGUGUCCUCCCUCUCUCCCUCCUUCCCUCUCUGCUGCUGCUGCUGCUGUAGAGCUUACGUAACACUCAGCAACGUGUACCAACAGCAAAGGGUGAGAGGCACAGGAAGAUGUAGAAAACAAGAGAUGUCCAUCAUCAGCAUCAUUGCCAGGGAGAUCUUGGACUCCCGUGGAAAUCCCACAGUGGAAGUGGAUCUUCGCACAGAAAAAGGUCUGUUCAGGGCUGCAGUGCCCAGCGGGGCAUCCACAGGGAUCUACGAGGCUCUGGAGCUACGAGAUGGAGACAAAAGUCGCUUCAAGGGAAAAGGUGUUUUGAAGGCAGUUGGACACAUCAAUGAUUCUCUGGCACCAGCCCUCGUUGCCUCUGGUAUCAGUGUGGUGGAGCAGGAGCAGUUGGACAACAUGAUGAUUGAAAUGGAUGGCACAGAAAACAAAUCGAAGUAUGGAGCUAAUGCCAUUUUGGGAGUAUCCCUCGCCAUCUGUAAAGCCGGUGCAGCAGAGAAGGAAGUCCCACUGUACCGCCACAUAGCCGACCUAGCUGGAAACACAGAGCUUGUGCUGCCGGUUCCUGCUUUCAAUGUGAUAAAUGGAGGAUCUCAUGCAGGAAACAAACUUGCCAUGCAGGAGUUCAUGGUUCUGCCUGUUGGGGCCGAGUCUUUCAAGGAGGCCCUGAGGAUAGGAUCAGAGCUCUACCACACACUGAAAGGCGUGAUUCAUGAGAAAUACGGUCAGGAUGCCAUUAAUGUUGGAGAUGAGGGAGGGUUUGCUCCCAACAUCUUGGAGAACAGUGAGGCACUGGACCUGCUGCAGACUGCCAUAGAGAAAGCAGGUUUCACAGAUAAAGUUGUCGUUGGGAUGGAUGUGGCCGCCUCAGAGUUCUACCGCGAGGGCAGGUACGACCUGGACUUCAAAUCCCCGCCAGAUUCGUCCCGACACAUCAGUGCAGAAGAGCUGGCUGAUAUCUACCAAAGCUUCGUCAAUAAUUACCCAGUGGUUUCUAUCGAGGACCCAUUUGACCAGGAUGAUUGGGAAGCCUGGUCCCGUCUGACGGCCCAAGUGGGGAUUCAGGUCGUUGGAGACGACUUGACGGUGACCAACCCAAAGAGAAUAGAGAAAGCUGCUGAGGAGAGAGCAUGUAAUUGUCUGCUGCUCAAAGUAAACCAGAUCGGCUCCGUCACUGAAGCAAUACAGGCAUGCAAGCUGGCCCAGGCCAAUGGUUGGGGUGUGAUGGUCAGCCAUCGCUCAGGGGAGACAGAGGACACCUUUAUUGCUGACCUGGUGGUGGGACUCUGCACUGGACAGAUUAAGACUGGCGCCCCCUGCAGAUCUGAGCGAUUGGCCAAAUACAACCAGCUCAUGAGGAUCGAGGAGGAGUUGGGCGACCAGGCUCGCUUCGCAGGCCAUAACUUCAGGAACCCAAGUGUCCUGUGAAACCAGCUGACGGACGAGACUGACUCACACACUCAACGCACGCAAAAUGCCCACGCAAACUGACACAAACGACUAACAAGGAAUGAGCCAUGUACAAAGAAAGAUCACUCAAAUUCAGGAGAAAUAGAAUUGCAAAAGAGCCAAGCGAAAGAAAUGAAUUAAUUAUGCACUCGACUGGAAAGAAGGGAGGUGAUGCUGUAUGCAGACACACACUGACACACACAGAUGCAACACCUGAAAACACACAUGCAGGGGAAGACUUAAAAAAACAAACACUAGAAUCUAUAAGCCAGACAUGCACUGUUACUGUAGGAAUAGUUCAUGUACAGCCAGGAGACUGGCCUGCAAAAAUAAAGAUUAUUAUAAAAAAAAAAUCAGGGGUAAACAAGUAGAAAUUCUGUAGAAUAAUAGUAUGAAGCACGCGAAUGAAAGAGAUAAAAAGGUUAAACUUUUAUGACCAAAAGAGGAUGAUGCAGAUGUAGGAAGAGAGUGAAAACAACUAGAUCAAUAAUAAACCCUCUGAAACACUUGAACACACACACCUACACACUCACACUCAGCUGUGUCACACUCUCACCUGGACACUUUCCUCCCAGCUCUAAUACCCCCCCCCCCCUCCAUAUAUUUGACUCUCCUUCUUCUUGUUGUGUCUGUGUCUCGGUUUUAACUGUUCCUGUUUUCUUCUCAACCUGGUAUGAAUCUGAUUAUUUGUCCUCCAUGCUUGAAGUCCUGCUUUUCUGUCCCAAAAGAAAAGGGAAAAAUAAACCUUAAAACCUGAAGCCCUUUGCCCCCUGCCCCCCACCCCCCGUUUGUCCAUAGAUUAGCUGUGUCAAAAAAAAAGAAGAAAGAGCAAUGAAUAAAAAAUGAAAACAAUAACGGAACGCUUGUCAAUGAAAAUAAUGUGAAAUAAAAAUGA